CACAUUUUUAAUAGGUCGUAAACGAAAAUUAUACUUUUGCUAUAAUGAUACGUCACAUAGUAUUCCAAACUAUUUUUUUUGCAUUAUUGUAUCAGCUAAAUUGUCAGUCAUCGAAAAUGCAAUGUAAAAAAAAUGCUCAUUUUUUAAUGCUAGUAAAUGAUAUUUUUGAAGAAUAUUUACUUACGGAUAAAAAACUUCAAGAACUUUUGGAACAAAAUGAGAGGGAUGAAAAAUUUUUGAUUCAUCGAGACAAAAACCUUAAAGUUAAAAUAUGGAAAUUAGGAUGCAAGUACACAGAACUUUGCCUUUAUAUAAUGUACCACAUCAAAUUUGACAUGGUAGAUAAAGAUGAUAUAAAUUAUGAUGUGCUAGAGGUAUUUAGGGUAAUUUUACAUCGCAUUCUAUCGAUAUACUACUAUACAAUAGGUUUUACUACAAAAGAGAUUUGGUACACAUCAAUUACUAUAAAUGCAUUGUUUGAAAAAAAAAUAACACCAGUAGAAGUUAACUUUUGUUAUAUCUCAAAUAUUUACGACUUUUGUAAAGUGAGCUUUUACCAAAAUAAUUUACAAAAUUUUCCUAGAACAUAUGAUAAUUACCCUGAUCUUAGUACAAUAUACGAAAUAUCAAAACAAUUAAAAUUGUAUUCCGAUUUUUAUCCUGAGACAUUUAACGAAAUUUAUCAGUAUGAAGACGUAUCGAAUGUUUAUAGCUUUUUUUGGGAUAACACUGAUGGUUAUAAGACAUUCAUUCCUCCUAAAAAAAUAUUUCCAAGUUAUAAUGAAUAUCAUAUAGCACAGACAUAUUGGACAGCGUGCAAAAAUUGGAAAAGAAAAUAUAAUGAUUUGUUGUUAUAUACUGACGCUAUAAAGAGAAAUUUGUUUCUGGUAACUUAUUUUUAUUUGGCUCUACAUAGUAUUUAUCUUAUAAAUUGCUUUUCAGAAGAUUUUAACAGAGAAGAUUUUUUGAAUUUAUUUAAAAUCCCAUUAAACACAAUAAGUGAAAUCGGUGUAUUUUCAGGCGAAUUGUUUCAAAAACCAUUUAUGGGUUUCGUAGAUGACAUGAAAAAUGAUAAAAUAAUUAACCAGCAAACAUUAAUAAUGUAUACCACUAAAGUCAUACACUCUUUCAAUAUACAAGCACGAGUUUUUAGCAUUCCAUAUCUUAAUUUAUCUAACUUAAUACGUAAUAAUUCAAAAAAAAAUCUAUUUAUUCAUUCAACAGUAGAAGAGCAGUUAAAGUUGUAUGCUAGUGAUUUGCAAAAGUAUUUUGAAAAUGUAAGAGCUGGAAUGGCACCCGUUGAUUUUAUUAUUUUAAAAGUAUUUAAGUUUAGUCAUGAAUAUAAUCGUAUUUAAUUAUUACUUAGUAAUAAAUAAAUACAAGUAGUUGUAAAAUUUUGUUGCAUUUAUUUGGUGUUUCCCUUGUAUUUUUGAUUUUUGUAUAAUAAAAUUUAGGCUUUUCAGUCAUAUACUGUAAGAGAUGAUCCAAAAAUGAUCAUACGCCAUAUUGAUAAUUUUAAUAUACAAUUUAGUUUUACUUAAUAGUGGUACUCUUAAUAUACGAUUAAAUAAUAUUUUCCCAUUUGGAGCAAAAUAGGAAAUGUUUCUUCUUAGCAUACACUCAGACUGGUUCACUGUGCUACAGUGGCCCAAAGAUUAUUAUGUCUACGACAGAUUGACCAAGUACCAGGGGCGGAUCCAGAAUUUAUUCCAGGGGGGGCGUCAUUACAUACAUUUUUUUUUUUUUUAAGAACUGAUUUAUUAUUUUGUAUUUAUUACAUUACACGUUUUUAUUACAUGAUUAUUACAUUUCUAUUUUUGAAAAUUCGUUUAAUGUAUACUGCAUAAUAAUGUUUUUAAUUACUAUAGUAUAUGUUUUUUGAUGACUUUAAGGACAUAGGUAUAUAAAAAUAAACUCGUUAAUCAAAAUUAAUUGCAUAUGAAGAACUUUAUUUGAAAUUAAAAGCUAUUUAACAAAUAAAAACAAAAUAUAUAUUUCUUACAAUAUUAUAA